AUGAGUCAAUCAAUCAGAAGUAUUUAUGGAAUAGCUCAACCUGUAAGAAGACCUAACGGAGUUAUUCAUACAUUCUUACCACCUUUAAAUGACAGAAAAUAUAGCCAAGGAUCUAAUAUACGUUACUUUAAUGAAAGAAAUCCUGCAACAGUUAGAACUUGGCUCAAUGUAGGGACUAGUUCACCAUUACCAAUAAUUUUAAAUGCAUUUAACCAUCUACCAAAAACUACCUCGAGCUAUGACACAAUUGUAACUAAAAGUGUACCAGAGGCGACGACAUCAAAUGAUGACGUCAAAACAUCUAGCAGAUUUAAAAACGAUGAUGAAAAUGAAGAUUUGGUGGCAGAAAAAGUUACAUCUAAGACCAUAGAUUCUGGUGAUCACACGGGGUCUAAUGUUAAUGAUGAUAGAGAGAACACAACAGAAAAAUCAAAGAUUGGUGAUUUUAUAGGAGUUAUAAUAAAGAAACAUUUCUAUUUUCAAGUUCAACCUGUUAAACCUGAAGGUGAAAGUGAUGAUGAAACAAACGAAACUGUUUACUUUAUUGAUUGA